CGUGGCGAUCAGGGAGGGCACAAUAUUUACCAUGAACAGCUGGAUCUGCGGCCGUCGCGCGUGCACUGACAUCUCCGGUGUUCUGCGCGUUCGCUCCCUGAUUCCUUCACAGUGGAAGGGAGGUGAUUCUCCUCGCCGCCAUUUUUAGGGAACUGCCGACCGAGGACAGAAACUUUGCUAGCAACUGCCUACACGUUAGCCGCUAGCUGGCCGUGACGGUUGACGCUCGGCAGUCGCUAGCCGGGUCAGCUAGCCGAACGUUGAUAACGGGCGGUGCAAAUGUCCAAAGCAGACAACGAUACCGCUGCGCUCCGAGUCAGUGCGACCGUGUGUACUGGGUAGAACAAUUGUGCAGUCGGAUCGGCGAAAUAGCGGCGCUAACUUAGUGGUUAGCUAGCGAGUUCACGCUUUGAUUUUACCGAACUGCAUUGGCUCGUCUGUGAUUUAGCGUCAGCCACCUUGCCCCGCCGUGUUUACGGUGACUGGAUUAAUCCACAGUUUAUUGCCCCACUUCCCAACCUGAGUGGAUUCACGUCGACCAGGGCACAUGUGCAUGUUCCUUAGGCUCAUCCAUUACUGCAGAUGAAUCUUCAGCUGCUUUGGCGUAGCUCAGCACCCAGAUAGUCCCAUCCCCUUUGCGUGGGAGAUAAGGGACUACAUUAACCAGGAUGCCCUCCUCUGUAAGGGCAGGGAGCCUGAAGGACCCAGAGGUAGCUGAUCUCUUCUUCAAAGAAGAUCCGGAGAAGCUUUUCUCAGACCUUCGAGAGAUUGGCCAUGGCAGCUUUGGCGCGGUCUACUUUGCACGAGAUGUGCGCACAAAUGAGGUGGUGGCAAUUAAGAAGAUGUCGUACAGUGGCAAACAGUCUAAUGAGAAAUGGCAAGACAUAAUCAAAGAGGUGAAGUUUCUCCAGAGGAUUCGACACCCCAACAGUAUAGAAUACAAAGGUUGUUAUCUCCGUGAGCACACAGCAUGGCUGGUGAUGGAGUAUUGUCUUGGCUCAGCCUCGGAUCUACUAGAAGUUCAUAAAAAACCUCUGCAAGAAGUGGAGAUUGCUGCCAUUACUCAUGGUGCUCUGCAGGGACUGGCCUACCUUCAUUCCCACAAUAUGAUCCACAGGGAUGUAAAGGCAGGCAACAUCCUGCUGACUGAGCCUGGCCAGGUCAAACUUGCAGACUUUGGCUCUGCCUCCAUUGCCUCCCCUGCCAACUCCUUUGUGGGGACGCCAUAUUGGAUGGCUCCAGAGGUGAUUCUAGCUAUGGACGAAGGCCAGUAUGAUGGAAAGGUGGAUGUUUGGUCAUUAGGGAUCACUUGCAUAGAAUUAGCGGAGAGGAAGCCUCCUUUGUUUAACAUGAAUGCAAUGAGUGCCUUAUACCACAUAGCGCAGAAUGAGAGCCCCUCGCUUCAGUCCAGUGAAUGGUCAGACUACUUUAGAAACUUUAUUGAUUCUUGCCUUCAGAAGAUCCCCCAAGAUAGACCACACUCUGAUGACAUGCUGGGUCAUGCAUUUUUGCAGCGUGACCGUCCAGAAUCUGUGCUUAUGGAUCUUAUUCAAAGGACAAAGGAUGCAGUGCGAGAGCUCGACAACCUACAGUACCGCAAAAUGAAGAAGAUCCUCCUUCAGGAGGCCCACAAUGGACCCACAGCAGAAACUCAGGAUGGAGAGGAGGAGCUAGAGCCGGGUGGAGGUCGGACAGGAACUGUGAACAGUGUCGGCAGUAAUCAGUCUAUCCCCAGCAUGUCCAUCAGUGCCAGCUCCCAGAGCAGCUCUGUCAACAGCCUAAAUGAAGCCGCACAGGACAGCCGCAGUGAACUGGACCUGAUGGAGGGAGACCACACAGUCAUGUCCAACAGUUCUGUCAUACACCUCAAACCCGAAGAAGAAGAGAGCUUGUGUGCAGAGCAGGCAGCCAGUAGUCAACCCUCCGAACCACAGACGACUCCAGCUCAGGCCCCGAGGAAGCACUACCGCAACAGAGAGCACUUUGCUACUAUACGCACAGCCUCACUUGUGACCCGAGAGAUGCAGGAGCACGAACAGGACUCCGAGCUGCGGGAGCAAAUGUCGGGAUAUAAACGCAUGAGACGGCAACACCAGAAGCACUUGAUGGCCCUGGAAAACAAGCUGAAAGGGGAAAUGGAUGAGCACAGACUGAGGCUGGACAAAGAGCUGGAAAGCCAGAGAAACAACUUCACCCAAGAGAUGGAUAAGCUGCUCAAAAAACACCAGGGAGCUCUGGAGAAAGAUCUGAAAACGUUUGCGAACGAUGAGAAGAAGUUCCAGCAGCACAUCCAGGUGCAGCAGAAGAAGGAGCUUAGCAGCUUCCUUGAAUCACAGAAACGAGAGUAUAAAUUACGCAAGGAGCAGCUCAAAGAGGAACUGAGUGAGAACCAGUCAACCCCCAAGAAAGAGAAGCAGGAAUGGCUGUCGAAGCAGAAAGAGAACAUCCAGCACUUCCAGGCGGAGGAGGAGGCCAACCUGCUGAGAAGACAGAGGCAGUACCUGGAGCUGGAGUGUCGACGCUUCAAACGCAGGAUCCUCAUAGCGAGACACAAUGUGGAGCAGGACCUGGCCAGGGAGGAGCUGAACAAAAGGCAGACACAGAAGGACCUGGAGCACGCCAUGCUGCUCAGACAUCACGAGUCAAUGCAGGAGCUGGAGUUCAGGCACCUGGGGACGAUCCAGAAAGCACGGGCAGAGCUGAUCCGGACCCAGCACCAGACGGAGCUCACCAACCAGCUGGAAUACAACAAGAGGAGGGAGAGGGAGCUGAGGCGCAAGCACGUCAUGGAGGUCCGGCAGCAGCCCAAGAGUCUCAAGUCUAAGGAGCUCCAGAUUAAGAAGCAGUUCCAGGAGACUUGUAAAACUCAGACCAGGCAGUACAAGGCCCUCAGAAACCACCUGCUUGAGACCACACCGAAGUCUGACCACAAGGCUGUGCUCAAGAGGCUGAAGGAGGAGCAGACCAGAAAGCUGGCCAUCCUGGCUGAGCAGUACGACCAUUCCAUCAAUGAAAUGCUCUCCACACAGGCUCUGCGUUUGGAUGAAGCUCAGGAGGGGGAGUGUCAGGUUCUGAGGAUGCAGCUGCAGCAGGAGCUGGAGCUGCUCAAUGCGUACCAGAGCAAGAUCAAGAUGCAAACAGACGCUCAGCAUGAUAAGGAGAGGAGGGAGCUGGAGCAGAGAGUGUCACUGCGGAGGGCUCUGCUGGAGCAGAAGAUUGAGGAGGAAAUGCUUGCCCUGCAGAACGAGCGCCUGGAACGUAUUCGCUCGCUGCUGGAGCGCCAGGCCAGAGAGAUCGAGGCUUUUGACUCCGAAUCCAUGCGGCUGGGUUUUAGCAACAUGGUGCUCACUAACCUGGCCCCCGAUUCCCAGGGAGGCUGGGCAGGGGGCAGUGGAGGAGGCCAGGGGGCUCAGGGGGGAGUCACUGGGCCGCAGGAGGUGGAGGAGGCGGUCACCAUAGUCAUCAUCACCAGGGGGCAUCCAGCUCACAGCAGCCUUGGGGUCACCCCAUGCUGGCUGGGGGCCCACCACCCUGGAGUCUCCACCACCCUGGAGGAGGGAGCCAGAGGGGGAGUGGGGGAGGCGUGGGAGGGGUGAGGAACAGCCCACAGGCUAUGAGGAGGACGUCAUCAGGGGGGAGGAAUGAACAGGGCAUGAGCAGGAGCGCCAGCAUCACCUCUCAGAUCUCCAACGGAUCCCACCUGUCAUACACCUAGAACACACACACACACAUGCAGUAAUCGUCCUAAAUUCCUAAAUCGAGGUAACGCCACACAACCCAUGCAUGCACAACAUGCUGACACACACAGUUUACAUUUUACAUUAACCCCUCACCUCCGUUCUCUUACAUCAGUGUCCUGCUAGCAGAGCCCUGUGGAAACCCAGAUGUGUUGAGUUCCGAGUGGCUCAAGGCCGUUUACAGUCAGCAGUCGUUUCAGGGUUGUUUGCUAAGUUCGCUUUUGUUGCCGUUGACCCAAAUUAGCACGCAAAUAUUGGCGUUUAUUGUCAAGAAAGGUCUGUUUACAGAUUUGUAUAUAGGUUGAGAAAGUUUACCGUGUUCUGAUAUUGAGGAAAUUUAUAUUCACUGUACAGUUUUUUUUAUGAAUUCAAUAAUUGUCAAAAUGAUCCAAACUUCUCAACCGUGUGCCGAAAGAAGGUUUUGUGUGUUUAUUUCCAGUUGCAGGCGAACGAAAAGGUGAAACAAGUGACUCAAAAUAAAGUAUGUGGUUACGCAGAGACUCAGAGAAUGGACUGGACUAGAAAGACCGCGUGGGUUGUUGUGAGCGAGUACCAGCAGGGUUCUAAGAGAAGAGACUUGGCCUCCACCACACAAUGUAAAGCAGAAGAAGUGGUCUGAUGCAGUGAUUUCACACAGAGCCGUACAGUAACGGUGCACUGAAAGCAGCAACGAUGCCAAAGGUAAGAGUUCAGGGUCGGAUGCAUCAAAACUAUUUACGCCAAUAUGUUGUUCCGUAUCUUGAGAUUGUGCCAGACGCGCCGGUGAAAGUCGAGUUAACGGUUGGGAUCCGUCAGGUGUGAGCGGGAAGCGGUCGUUUGUGGUGCACGUUAAAGCUCGGACUGUCGGGUUUCCACAGGACUCUGCGCUUCGCUGACACCUGCCUGGUGGAUGGCCAGUGUGAGAGGCCGAGGCUGCACCUCACGACGGGGGUGGGGUUUUCGGUGCACCCAACCUCUACUUGAAUAGUCUCAAAGCCGGCGUUGACUCCUCGCCUGUUCUGUUACGUCCCAGCACUAAUUCGGCUCCGUCUCAGCGAUGCACUAUGCACAAAGUGACAAAGUGAACCACGCCUGCUGGCCUACCUCAAGUUGAGCUUCACCUCAGGGUGUCGUGACCAGAUGGUGACUUGCACUGCGGCACAGGCCUUCACCCACACUCAAUGUUAAUGUGAGAUUUACACACCUACGUUGACAUUCAGGCACGUACAUGCAGUAGUUACUGAUCUUUCUUCUCCAGUCGAACAGUAUGAGCGUUUGCACACUUGGCUGAUGAUACGGAUGCAUGUACUGGGUUAAUGUGAUGAAAGUGGGUUUAGGGCGUUUUUAAGAAAAUUGCACUCUAGAUAGUUGUUUGCUGAAUUGACUAAAUGAGCAAACACUCAGCAGCAAGCAUACUUUAGAUAAAUAGCACGGAGCCCUCUGGGUGCCACUGUCCAGCACAGUUGUCUAGAAUGUCUUUGUGCCGUUUUGGCUCAAAACAAACUGAAAAAAGAAGAACAAACACUGAGUGUGAGGAGGAGCUUCACUAGCCUGCCGGUUAGCGGGUGCUGAAUGUCUGUGGGUGGAUGGGUGGUGAUGCUGUGAGCUCCGCUGCCAUGCCCCUGCAACCUUCCCCAAUCUGACACCCCGCUCUUUCUCACCCCUGGUGACCCCCACGUCAUGUUCUUACCACCAAGCUCCCCGUUCGCUUCCAUCUUACCUCCUCAGCCUGGUGUGGUCUUCAGCCCCUCUCUAAUCUACCUGAAAAGAGCUCAACAAGUGAAACAUAAUAUAUAUGUAGUAUUAUAUAAAUCUAUCAAGAAGGAUUCUAGAGAUUAAAGGUGAAAGUCUUAUUGUGAAAUGUGUUAUGUGAUUUUCAGGAGUGAAAUGUACAGUAAACCUGUUAAUAUUGUAUAUUUUGAAUUUUAAAAUUUAAAUCUAAUUGACAACUUAACUUGUGAUGCGAACACGGUGAUGUGGUUUUAGACAAGUGGUGUUCAGAUGUUUUACAGCCGCUGGGUUCCCACUGUCUUGCAGCUGCGCGUUCUGAGACGUGUUACAGAUGUUCUGCUGUGAACAAUAACAACACAGCUCUAGGUCAGGUUGCCGUCGGUGGAGGGCAACCGCUUAAUGCUGAGUCAGAAGGAUUUUUGCACAUAAUUUCCAAACUCGUUAGAAGUAGCCUUUGCCUUAGCAUAGGCUCUUAUGGUUUUUAGUCACAUGCCUGAAGUUGAGGUUCUAAUAGUAAAAAAAAAAAUAUAUAUAUAGUAGAAAAACAAAGAAUUGUCUCUAAAGUUUGAAUUCUAAUAUAUUUGGCUGUUUAAAUCAUUUAGUGCACCACAACCAAAUUCUUGCACGAGACGGUAAAAGCUGUUUGAUAUGGUGUUGGGUUGAGGCGCUGUGGGAACCACGAGGUAUUUUUAAAUUGAUGAAGCAUCCUCCUCCUUUUUCUCAUUUAGCUAUAAAACAUUUUCACUUUGUUCUUAAACAUUUGCAUUGUUUUAAGUCCUGCCCUCUGGCUGAUCUCUAGCUCAAUUCUGACAACACAAUAAAUAUGAACGUGGUGGUCCCACUUCGCUCCUCAUUUUGCCCUUUUAACCAACAUCAGCCCUUUUCCAUUUCUGACAAAAACUAAGCUUAUUUUCCGCAGAGGGCCAAACGAGUAGGCAUUUUUUUAAAGACCUUCUCUUAUGUUUACUACAGUUUCCAGGUGUUUUUACGGCAGCCCGGGCAGAGUCUAGCUUUUAGACCUUGGUCACUCUGAACUGGAUCAGUUGCACUGAUUGCACAAGUGAUUGACCAGAUUAUAGAGUCUACUAUGAUCCCCCCUCAGUCUGCUGAGGGACGGCUGCCAUAGGUGGAGAGUAGGCGCGAGGCAGGGUUACUCUGUACAGUCUGUUUAUCAGUAUUCCUUUUAUCUCUUGUCAUUUGGUGGAUCAUGUUGUUUUAUUCUCCCUGGUCCAGAGACCUGUAUUAAAUUGUAUUAAUAUGUAUAGAUCGUGCAAGAAGUUGAAUGUCACAUAGCAGACGAGAAACGCUAUUCCUUAUAGAUGAUAAGUGAUUUAAAAUGUAUAAAAGACACUCGGAAACAAAGUUUAGGGGGUAAAUGUAAUAUUUUGUUUGUAAUUACUAUUUUUUGUUGGAAGAGGGCUACUGGAUUAAGAAUCAUCUGUAAUAAAGUAAUUUUAAUAUUUAA